AUGCACUCGAGAGAUUUCUUACGACGAAACCCCCCCGUGAGGGAGACGACCGACGACGUGAUUCCACCUGCCGAGGAAGCCCGGAUCCGCCUGGAGCUCGCCCAGCAGCUGCGAGAUAUUUUCCGAGUGGUGACUGGUAUAACCAAUUGGCGGUUUUCAGCCUCGUCACGCAAAUGGCAAAGCUCUGGCCGCCAUCCGACCUACCCUGACUACUGUGCCGGUAUCGCGCUACAACUUGCACCCGAUCUGGUCGAAGAAUCUCUUUCGACGUUCUCUCCAGAAACAUAUACUGCGAUUCUCCCAUCCAAGGUCGCAUUCUCUCGCAGUAGCAAACGCGCCAAGACCUUGUCCGGAACCGCAGCAACAACACAGAAGCGUCCGCGGGAAGAGUCAGCUACUCGUAACGAAGCCGAUGCCGAAAUGAACAAAAAUCGUCUCGCUACCUUGAUGCCUUCUGCGCGCUUAUUUGGUGACCGCCUGCGGGUGCAACUCCUUUCACAGAAAAUCGGCUCGUCGGACUGCGCCUGGAACAUGCUGGCCGCCAACAGGCAACUACAUGCCUGCCAACUGCUGCGAGGCGGGGGAAUUAAUCUAGGGAAUAGCGAAGGGCGGAGGAUGCUGGACGGGCUAGCCACCUGGCACGGUAGCCCCGGCGCCCAGUCGAAAGAUGGAAGAAUCGUGGCUGCAUCUAACGUCCAACCAUGA